CCAUCGCUCGGGGCUGGCGCCUUCUGGGGGCACCCGGCCGGGAGCCGGCCAUAGAGCCCCACGACAUCCAUUCCGCAGAAACCGGGCCCCAUGCAUGAGGCCCGGAGGCAAUGUGCAGACGGCCGAAAAAGAAGAGCGACAGGCCCGCCCCAGGAUCCCCUGAAGGUAAGUCAUCGCUGGAAAGGUGAUGGCGGAAAGGGAGAAGUGGGCCAAGGCGACGAUAGCACCCGCGUCCUCAGCGGGUGGGGAGACCAUCCUCAAGGUAUACCCAGAGCUCAUGCAUCUCGCUGGGAUGCUCCGGUCGAGCGAGAGCGCUACGGAGACCCACGCCACCUACCACCCCCGCUACUCUGGCCCCCGCCCCGGCGCUUCCCUUCCUGUGUUGCCAAAACCCCGCGGGCGCGCCCGCAAGGUUGUGGCGCGCGGGCGGCCGGCCCGCGUGCCUCAUUCAUUGACACGGGGCCCACCUGCAUCCGGCGCGGCCGCCUUCCCCCGGGGCCGGCCAGCCGUAGGCUGCUGCGCGGGCGCCCCUUGGCCCCUCCGGACCGGUGCUUGAGGCCCUGGCUGGCUGCCUAGCUGCGCGCCAGCCCGGUGCGCGGGUAUCGUAUGUAGCCGCGGGGCGCCGGGCUCUCACUCGUCCAUGGAUUUUGCUUUCAGGUGUAUUUCGAUGCGCCAGGAGGAAUGGGGCCCCCGUGUUAUGUCAGUAAGCGCAUAUUGUCUGAUCCGGCGCGGCCCUCAAGUUGAGCUGCUGCCGCCCCCUUGUGGUGCGUGCGAGCGGGCGCCGUCGUCGUAUUGCAAUAAAUUGACUUCUUUGUCUGUAAAUGAGAUUGUAAGGGACUCGCUCCUGAAGCAGGCAGCUCUCGGCGUCCGGCCCGGUCGUUCCUGCCAACUACCCAUGACUCGUUCAUCUCGUAGGUGGUCCUACAAAAAACAAUAUAGGCCGGCAGCUUCUUGUGUUUGCUCAUGUUCCUGUGUCGAUGUGUAUUGUUGAAAUGUAGCAUUCAGUGUGUCGAGCGUGUUGUAGGUGUUGUAACUGACAACGCAAGAAAGGCGCGCUGCGUUAGCUCCCCGCCCACAAAAGUUUUGAUUUUGUGCAGGAUAAAUCAUGAUGAUGAUUCUGUGAAGUGGUAAUUAGGUCUGGGUCCGUUUAUCCAUCAGGGCACCAUAACAUCGGUG